CGGGAGGGGGCCGGCUGGCGCGGCUCGGGAGAGCGCUCCUCCGCCCUGCGCGCGGUCCUUGCGCCCCUCGUCGCCCGCGCCGCGCCUCGGCAGUCCACAGUGCGCCCCUCGCACCGCAGCCGGCGCCGCCCGCGGCAGCCCUGCCCCAGCCCGCUGCCUCCUCCUCCUCCUCCGCCUCCGCCCUCGCCUCCGCCCUCGCCGCCGCCGCUGGACACGCAGCCGCAGGCCGGGGCCGGGACGCAGCUGGGGAGUCAGGACGCGCGCAGCCAGCCCUUCCCCCUCCGGCUCCCGCACCGCCGGCCGCCUCCCCUCGCCCUCCUCUCCCCUCCCUGCUGCUUCGCGGCAUCCUCCUCCUCCUCCUCCUUUCCCGGCCCCGGCUGCCAGCACCAUGUCCGCAGGGGGAGAUUUUGGAAACCCACUGAGAAAAUUCAAGUUGGUGUUCCUGGGGGAGCAGAGCGUCGGGAAGACGUCUCUGAUCACACGGUUCAUGUACGACAGCUUCGACAACACGUACCAGGCGACCAUAGGCAUCGACUUCUUGUCGAAAACCAUGUACUUGGAGGACCGCACGGUGCGACUGCAGCUCUGGGACACAGCUGGCCAGGAGAGGUUCCGCAGCCUGAUCCCCAGCUACAUCCGGGACUCUACCGUGGCCGUGGUGGUGUAUGACAUCACAAAUCUCAACUCCUUCCAACAGACCUCUAAGUGGAUCGACGAUGUGCGGACAGAGCGGGGCAGUGACGUGAUCAUCAUGUUGGUGGGCAACAAGACGGACCUGGCUGACAAGAGGCAGAUAACCAUCGAGGAAGGCGAGCAGCGUGCCAAAGAACUGAGCGUCAUGUUCAUUGAAACCAGUGCAAAGACUGGCUACAACGUGAAGCAGCUCUUCCGACGUGUGGCAUCGGCUCUGCCCGGCAUGGAGAGUGUCCAGGAGAAGAGCAAAGAAGGGAUGAUCGACAUCAAGCUGGACAAACCGCAGGAGCCCCCGGCCAGCGAGGGCGGCUGUUCCUGCUAAUGCGGGGCGGGCGCCCCGGCUCCCUCUGACACUACGCGCUUGUUGUGUUGCUUCCUAUUGGUUAGCUUCCUAAGGGGGGUGGGAAAUGAGUCUCUCAAGAUGGGAGGAUCUUUCUUUUCUCUCUGUCUCUAGGAGUAGGGUGGGAAGGGGCGGGAGGCUGGGCGUCAGGGAUCACGUCACUCUUAACAGCUGUUACUUAAACAACUAUUUUUUGGUUUGGUUGUAAUAUAUUGUACUUUAUUAAGAUUGCCAAAAACUGUUAAAAUUAAAAAAAAAUUUAAAUCAUGUGUAUACAACUUUUUGCCAGAUAAAAGAAAUGUAGUCAUUUUUAUUUGAAAGAUGUGCUUUUUGUUUUUGUAUAUUUGUAAACUUACAGAGAUCCUUUUCCACAUACCUCCUCCUUCCUGAUCUCUUUGAACCGUGCAGCACCCCUGCCUUCCUCCCACCCCCAGCCCAGUCCAUUUAAACGAAUGAGUCACUAGGCUCCAGCCUGGGGCUCCCCACGCAAGGCCCUCCGUGGAGAAAUCAAACACAGGCUGAACUGGCGCCUCUGAAGGGGCAGCCCUGACUCUGCCCCCCCACGGCCAGAGCAGGACAUCAGCAUGGCCCUGAGCUGGCGGGACGGCCUUGUGGACUGCGAGGGCCCAGCAGCAGCCACAGGGGAGCAGCUUCUGCCUGGAAAAGCCUUGUAGGAGGUCAAGGGCACCAGGAGCCUGUGCUCUCUGCUCGCCCAGUGCCCAGCAGAGUGAGAGGUCACUGGAAGGACGGGGUGCUGUUGGCUACUGUGGGCUGUGGUGAUUUGUGGUCUGUAGCCUGGGGAGCCCCGUGGAGUUGCGAGGUGUUUCAGCCAGCGCAGACAGCUGGGCUGGAUCUCAGAAGCUCAGUGUGUGACGCUGGGUGGCAUGCCACCCGUGUGGAAGUCGGGGAAGCAGCACUGGCCCACCUGUGACUGGGGGCAGGGCGGCUGCCUGCUCUCAGACCCUCACUUGCUUGUAUGGCUGGGUCUGGUUCUAGAAAGACCAGUUCCCCCCGUGCAUUCACCCCACAGACCUGGCACAGUUGAAGUCUUUGCACGUGCCUCUGUGAAUACCAUGGCCUGGUCGGUGGGCACCUGAGGGUAGGUUAAGGUGGGGUCUCUAGAAGGCUGCCCAGAGUGCUGGGAUCUGCAGAGAGGUCCCGUUGCCAUCGUUAACCGACCCCUGCAGAGAAUCCUCUGUUCACAGUAAGUAACGUAACACACUUGGUCAGCAUUCCAAACUGAGCCAGACUCAAGCCCAGCAGUGGGCGGUGGCUGUGGCCCAAGCAUCCCACCCCUCCCCACUGGCAUCCGCUCUCCCCCCUGGCUGCUGAUGGACAUGUCACAGAUGGGCCAGUGCCUGUGGCAGGGUGAAUUCCUCCACAAGGCAGGAGGACUCCAACAAGGUGGCUGCAAUGGCUCAGAAACUGCCCCCCGAUGGUCAGGGGCCGGAAUGUCUGUCGCCCUGGGCCCGCAUCAGCCUGGGCCACCACGUGUCAGCGCUGACCUUACACGGAGUCGACCUUCUGGCGAUGACGAGAGUCCACAAGCACCUCUUGCAGAAGGCGGGGGGCAACGUACGAACGUAAUUCAGUGUUGUGUGUUUAGUUUUUCUAUGUGUGUACAUAAUUAUAUAUAGAGAUAGACCUGUGUAUACGCCUUCCACAGUCACAGCCUCACGGAUUCGCGUGCUCCAUGUAGAUUCUUGUUUCUCCUGCUCUCAAGUUGGAACUUGCCUUGUGAUAACAGUUUUGGAAAUUCAAAAGUACUGCAACGUGUUGAAAUCAGAAAUUCUUAAUAUUGUCAAAUAACUUGUGAUUGUCUUGCCAUCAAUAAAAUGACACAUAGAUGUGGUGACGUGCAGGCAGCAGUAGCCCUCGGGAAUGGCGCCACCAUCUCUCUACCUACUUACGUGCACAGGUGUGCGUGCCUGUGCCCCCCACUGCGGGCACGCACACCCCCACACUGGUGCUUGUUGGAAGAGGGUUUACUUCCCCCGCGAGAAUUUAUGGGAGUCUAUUUGCAGUGUCCGGCCUGCUUGGCCUCUGGGGAGCUCAGUAAAUGAAUGUGUGGGUACCUCCUCUUUAAAACAUGUGUAAAUCCAAGUAGGCUGAUUUAUAGACUUCUUUCUUGCCCACCAUGGCUCAGAGGAGCAGUAGGAGCCAUGGCAGCUGUCACCUGGCCUGAGUUGGCCUUGGGGAGUCCUGCCUUCCCUUGCACACACUCUGGAGUCCAGGCUCUGCCCAGCCCCAUGGCCUCUGAGGGCGAGGGUGUUGCCUCCUCUUGUCCUCCAUCUUGGCAGUGCCGUGCCCUUGUGUGCCUCCCCACCCUGCCUGGGGUCUGUUCAAGCAGCCAGAGCAGUUCCACGGGUGUGUCCUGGGUCCUGGACGCCUGUCUUGAGCAGAUGCCAUUGCUCAUGGGUAGCAUCUGGACUCUGAGUUACGGUUCAGUAAGCCAUGGGCCUGGUUCUCUCGCAGCAGUAGGGGUGUCGUGGAACUGGCUGUGCAUCACCAGCGAGGGUCUUGCAUCUUGGCGGAGUCCAGGAGGGUUAGCAGAGGCCAGUGAGGAGUCCUUGGAGGAAAUGAUCUCAGUUUAGCAAGUGGAGCAGGAAGCCUAGCAGCCAAUCAUGAUCCUCUUUUCUGGGCCCUCAGAGAAGCUCCUGUUCCACAGGCACCAGAGAAGCGGAGUGAAGAAGGAAUGAGCCCCAAAAUGAAGGUGUGAUGGGUGUGACAUUGGCAUCUUGUGUGUUCUGGCUGCAGUUGUAGGGGCCAAGUUCACAUGCCUGCUGGUUCCAGGCAACAGUUUCCUUGGGUCAGAGUCCACUCCCCCACGCCCUGCUCCCCGCUGUUGCCGUCUCCAUUCUCUCUCUCGUGCCAUCACCCUUCAACAUCCUGCAGUGCCCCCGGCUCUGAGAACAGCGAGUCACUGAGCAGACUGACCCAGUGAUGGGGACUGAAGUGGUGGCAGCCAGGAGGGCAGGCACACCCGCCCACUGGGGGGCUAGCUAGCACCAGGUGUGAUGACGUGGCACACUGAGGGAGUUAGGACCUGAGGCCAGGCCAGGGAGCUGAGGGCUGCAGCAGCUCCCAGAAGCGUGGUUGAUCUGCUGGCAAGGCCGUAUGCUCAUUAGUGCCCCAACUACCUCCCCGCCAAAGAACCUGGGGCCUCGCCAUCCUGCUAUAGCAAGGUGAGGAAGACAGCAAAACCAAGACAGAGGAGGGUGCCUGGCUUGUGAUCACCCGUAAGUUAGGAGUGGGCAGAAGCCAGGCACUGCUGUCUUCUGUCCACUGCCGGCCUGUGUGUGUGCAGAUGUGACGGCACGUUUACAUGGAAGGAAGGACCUCUGUGUACGGUCUCUGCCCUCAGGCCGUCUCUCCUGUGGUUAGGACGAAGCUCCUCUCUCCCCAGUGUCUGGGUGAGCGAGCCUGGAGAGCACGUGGGUGUGUGUGGGCUCCUGCCCUGCAGAGAACAGCCAGACCCAGGUCUACUGUCUUGAGCACCACCCAGGCCGGGUGCCCUUCGGACUUUGUUUGCAGUCGGCUCUGUAGGUAUUCCCAGGCCUUGGCAUCUCCCUCAACUGCAGGCCAUGGUCUGGCUGAUGCUUGGGGCAUAGUGAGUGGUUGGACAAGAAAUCCCUGCAGUGCAGUGGUGCUCGGGUGGCUUCUUCAGGAGGUGGUGGUGGGAGUGUUCCCAGCAUGGUGGGUCAGCCUGCACCUUGUGGUGUGUUACUUUGCCCCCACGCUCCCGUGUGCUCACAGGGAGCACACAGCACGCCACGUCUACCUUGUCUGGGCUCAGGCGGCACGGCGGCCAUUGACUUUACAUUAAACUGUGUAAACUGUGGAGAGACUCAGCAUGUUGGUCAGACAAUAAACUGUCCUAAUUCUCAA